CUUAGAUUGAAGACAGAUAGAUAGAUAUAUAUAUAUAUAUAAAAUAAACGGGGUAAUGAAGUGAACCUGAGAGCAUCAGUCACCUUGACCCAGAUACAAUGGCCUCAUCAUCUGCAAGCAUUACCUUCCAUCUUCCCGGCCCAGGAUUCUCCUUUCGGGCAAAAUUGCUCGUAGACGAAAAUCCUGAUGUUGUUGAGCAGGUUCUAGCUCAGUUGCCUCUCAAGAGUGUGCUGGGCCACGUUGUGAUCGCUGGUGAGACAUUCUGGACCCCGACCCGGAUCGUGCACCUGGGCCGCAACUAUAUGGUCCAACGGCACCUGGGCGCGGUGUAUCUCAAUGCACCAGGCCAGUCCAUCUGCAUCACCUACGGCAAGAUCACAGAAAGCGCUAAGAUCAAUAAGUUCGCCGAGGUGUUUGAGGAGGAUCUGCCCAAGCUGGAGGAAAUUGGGAGACUCGUCUAUCAGCAGACCGUUGCACUGCCCCGCCACACGCUCAUGGAAGUGCACAUAUUGAGCGAGUGUUGUCCUCGCCUAGAGCGGCCGGAGAAGCACCUGCCGACUGCACCAUCUCCCUCAUCAAUGGGCCACUGGCUCGAAGUUAAAGCCAUAAUCGAGAAGGAGAUCGAUCGGGUCUGGCUCGAGGAGCCGGUAGAGAUUCAGAAGCUCCUUCUGGUCCACCUGGAGGCGUAUCUCAUGGUGAUGGGCGGAGAUGUGAUGAGCCGCUUCUUGAAAAUCGCCCAGUAUGAGGAUAUCCAGCUGCCGACUCUGAAUCGCAUCACGAAGGAGUUCCUAGUGGAGAACUUUGACCUAUUCGAGUUCAUGGCAGACCUGGGGCUCGAAAAUAUGUUCAAGAUUGGCCAGAUGUAUUCGAAUGCCCUAGAGACACUGGCUAGCAAGGAGGAAUACAUACAUCUGACCGGUGCUAUGCAAACAUAUAUCAAUCGGAUGCAUCGCUGGGCAUAUUUUAUCUUUCCAUGGCAUCUUGGAGUCGCCUUUCCGCACCGCAAAUCGGCCGAAGUCCUUGCCUUUUCCAACAUUGUUACGGCCGGUCUUAAUUAG